AUGGAUCCAACCAAGUAUGUCUUUGAAAGCCCAUUCAUACCAGGAAGGAUAACAAAGUGGCAACUCAUAUUAUCACAAUAUGACAUUAUCUAUAUGACAAGGAAAGCGGAAAAAAGGAGUGUGAUAGUGAAUCUUUUGGUAGAAAAUCCAAUCAAUGACUAUGAGGCUUUGGAUUUUGAAUUUCCAAAUAAACAUAUUAAUGUAAUAGAUGAAGAAACUGAGGGACAAGAUGACAUACGGCAAAUGUAUUUUAAUGGAGCAGUUAACCUCUCUAGUAAUAGAAUUGGGACAAUUCUAGUAUCCCCAGAUAGGAAACACUUUCUGAUAGUAGUUAAGUUGAGAUUUGAGUGCACUAAAAAUGUCACCGAAUAUGAUGCCUGUGUGAAUGGCUUGCAAGUUGCUAUUGAGAUGAAAGUAAAGAAAUUAAAAGUGUAUGGGGAUUCAGCUUUGAUAAUCUACCAAGUGAAAGGGGACUGGCAAACUAGAGACCUUAAGCUAAUCCCAUAUCAAAAAUAUCUCCUUGAGCAGAAUAAGAAAUUUGAUGAGAUCUCUUUUACUCAUUUGGGUUGUAACAAGAACCAAUUCGCAAAUGCUUUGGCCACAUUAGAAGUUAUGACUUGA